UUUCAUUUAUCAACCAUGGAGAUUGAAGACCACAAAAAUAAUUCCAAUAUGAGUAGCAACAAACGUGAUUUUUAUUGCUCACUGAAGCGUUUUGGCCAUUGGCAGUCCUCCAUUAAUCUUUUCGCUCGACUGUUCCAGGAGAAGCAUAAGCCACGAUCAACAACAUGACAAGCAUUAUACGUUCAACACAGGGUGGUUGUUGGGGAAGUGAUAGACUUAGGCUUCGGCUUUAUGGCAGCGUUUUCGACCCGGCCGUGAUGCCAUUGAUAGACAGAGUUGAGAGCUUACAGGGAGUAAUAAGGAAGGUUAAAAGAAUAGAAGCUAUGGGGCAAACAGGUAGAUCCAACUAUGUUGAUGUAACAAAAUUUCCUAAAGCAGGGACAUCAAAGUUAUCAACAGAUGAAAUGCCUGAGGCUCCAACUGCUCCUUCCACUUACAAUGAAAAGAUUUUAGCAAACUAUGUGCCAGUCUAUGUGAUGCUUCCUUUGGGUGUUAUUUCAAAUGAUAAUGUUUUUGAAGAUCAGCCCAAGAUGGAAAAGCAGCUCAAGGAGCUGAGAGCAGCUGGUGUUGAUGGGGUAAUGGUUGAUGUUUGGUGGGGGAUUGUGGAAUCAAAAGGACCUAAGCAAUACGAUUGGAGUGCUUACAGGAGCUUGUUUGCACUCGUUCACGAAUGUGGAUUGAAACUACAAGCCAUUAUGUCAUUUCAUCGAUGUGGUGGCAAUGUUGGAGACGAAGUUACCAUCCCACUUCCACAAUGGGUGCUUGACAUUGGUAAAACAGACCCUGAUAUAUUUUAUACCAAUCGGAAAGGUAACCGGAACAAAGAAUACCUCACUAUCGGUGUCGAUAAUCAACCUCUUUUUGAUGGAAGAACUGCUGUCCAGUUGUACAGUGACUACAUGAAGAGCUUUAGGGAGCACAUGUCAGAUUUUAUAGAAGCAGGGCCCAUAAUAGAUAUUGAAGUAGGACUUGGUCCUGCGGGUGAGCUUAGGUAUCCCUCUUAUACAGGAACUCAAGGAUGGGUUUUCCCUGGCAUUGGAGAAUUUCAAUGCUAUGACAAGUACCUCGAAGCGGAGUUCAAAGAAGCAGCAACGGGUGCAGGCCAUCCCGAAUGGGGAUUGCCUGAUAAUGCCGGGGAAUACAAUGACACGCCUGGAUCCACGGAGUUCUUUGGAUUGAAUGGGACAUACAUGACUGAGAAAGGGAAGUUUUUCUUGACUUGGUACUCCAACAAGUUAAUAAACCAUGGUGAUGAGAUCCUUGAUGAAGCUAAUAGAGCUUUCUUGGGGUGUAAAGUGAAGCUAGCUGCAAAAGUAGCUGGAAUACAUUGGUGGUAUAAAUCUCCUAGUCAUGCAGCAGAACUUACUUCAGGAUAUUACAAUUUGAAAGAUAGAGAUGGAUAUAGACCUAUUGCAAGGAUGCUAUCAAGGCAUUAUGCUAUUUUCAAUUUCACAUGUUUGGAGAUGAGGGACUCAGAACAAAGAGCUGAUGCUAAAUGUGGACCUCAGGGACUUGUUCAACAGGUUCUGAGUGGGGGGUGGAGAGAGGAGGUUGAAGUUGCAGGAGAAAAUGCAUUAUCAAGAUACGACAGCAAUGGUUACAAUCAGAUGCUGUUAAAUGCCAGGCCUAGUGGUAUCAGCAGAGAGGGUUUGCCAAAGCAAAUUAUGUAUGGGGUUACAUAUCUUCGUUUAUCAGAUGAGCUUUUGAAAGACAAGAAUUUCAAGAUAUUCAAGACAUUUGUGAAGAAAAUGCAUGCUGAUCAAGAUUACUGUGCAGAUCUGGGAAUGUACAAUCACCAAAUAGGUCCAUUGGAGCGGUCAAAGCCAAAGUUGGUGAUGGAAGAUCUACUGGAAGCAACCAAGCCAAUGGAGCCAUUCCCUUGGGGUGAAGAAACAGACAUGAAGGUUGAUGAUUUUGAUGGUGUACUUGCUAAUUUGAUAAGAAAGCUGUUUUCCUUGUUCAAGUGAGAGAAAAGGGUCAAAAAAAUAAUUGGGAAUGGAGUUGAUGUAAGAAUACAACGUCGCUAAUUACAAUAUAUCACAAAGAAAAAAAUAAAUAAAAAUAAAGAAUUCACAUA